AUGCCACCUACUAUAACUUAUCCGUCAGAGAUUCUUUGUGAACUACAAGAAAACACUGAAUCUAUUCGUAAUAUAUGUAUAUUGGCUCAUGUUGAUCAUGGCAAAACAACGCUAGCUGAUGAUUUGCUUGCUUCGAAUGGAAUUAUUUCGACACGUUUAGCCGGUAAAUUACGUUUAAUGGAUAGUCUAGAAGCAGAACAAAUUCGUGGUAUUACCAUGAAAUCUAGUGCUGUUUCACUUGUUCAUGAAAAAGAUAAUAAAAAAUAUUUAAUUAAUCUUAUUGAUACACCUGGACAUGUAGAUUUUUCAUCUGAAGUUUCAACUGCAGUUCGUCUUUGUGAUGGUGCCAUUAUACUUAUUGAUGUAGUUGAAGGAGUUUGUCCUCAGACUUUAGCAGCACUUCGACAAGCAUGGCUUGAAAAUUUACGUAUUAUUUUAGUUCUUAAUAAAAUUGAUCGAUUAAUUAUUGGACUUAAAAUGAGUCCACUUGAAGCUUAUUUGCAUAUUCGUGCUAUUCUUGAACAUUUGAAUGCUGUUGUUGCAGAACAAUUUGCAUCGUUAUUAUUAGAAAAAUGUGGUGAACAAGAAGUUCCCGAAGAAGCAAAGAAUGAAAAUAAUGAAGAUGAUGAUGAUGAUUGGGCAAAAAAUGAAUCACGAAUAUGUUUUUCACCACAGAAUAAUAAUGUGCUUUUUGCUAGUGCAUUGGAUGGUUGGGCAUUUGGAAUUCAUCAUUUCGCUGAUAUAUAUGCAAAAAAAUUAUCACUUAAACGAGAAGUAUUAAUGAAAACAUUGUGGGGUGAUUUUUAUUUUGAUAAAAAAACCAAACGAGUUCAUAAAGGAGCACAAAGUAAAGGUCAAAAACCAAUGUUUGUUCAAUUUAUUCUUGAAAAUAUUUGGAGUGUUUAUGAUGCAAUUAUAAUUCGACGUGAUAAUGAUAAACUAGAGAAAAUUGCUACGUCAAUUGGUGCUAAGUUAACUCCACGAGAUAUUAAACAUACUGAUCCAAUGGUUCCGUUACAACUUCUUUUCAAUCAAUGGUUACCUGUUGCUUCAGCUGUGUUUGAUAUGGUUGUUGUUGAACUUCCACAUCCAAAAGCAUUAAAUACGGAAAAAAUUGAACAAUUAAUGUGCAAUAAAAAUCGUCGUUUUGAUACUUUAUUACCAGAAACACAACAAUUAAAACAAGCAUUUGUUAAUUGUUCAAGUGAUGAUCAAGAACCAGUAAUAAUCUAUGUUUCAAAAUUAUUUUCUGUACAUAGCAGUGCCUUAUCACAAAAUAGACACAAACCAUUAACUACUGAAGAUAUAGCACAACGACGUGAAUUUCUCAAACAAAAACAACUUGAUAAAACAACAGCCAAUGAAGACUCUACUAAUCAAUCUGUAGAAAAUGGACACGCUAUAACAGAGAAUAUUGUUGCAAAUGCAACAAAAACGGAAUCGAGUGAACCUGCGGAUGAAAAUGCUUUUCUUGCAUUUGCACGUGUUUUUAGUGGACGAAUAAAACGAGGACAAAAAGUUUUUGUUCUUGGUCCUCGUCAUGAUCCAGCAUUAUUUGUUGGCAAAGAUCUUAAUGAAAUGUCUGCUCAUAGUAUUUCUCAUCAUGUACAUGAAUUUAUUGUACAAGAUCUUUAUCUAAUGAUGGGUCGUGAAUUUACAGUACUUGAUCAAGUACCUGCUGGAAAUAUAGUUGCUAUUGGUCAAUUAGAUUCUCUUGUAUUAAAAUCAGCAACAUUAUCAACAAAUAUAUUUUGUCCAUCAUUUACUGGUCUUCAUUUUGAAACAUCACCUAUUGUUCGUGUAGCAAUCGAGGCGAAAAAUCCAUCUCAAAUGAAACAACUUCGACGUGGUAUGCGAUUAUUAAAUCAAGCUGAUCCACUUGUUGAAUGUACAUUGAAAGAUACCGGUGAAUAUAUUCUUUCAACAGCUGGUGAAGUACAUUUACAAAGAUGUAUCGAUGAUCUUACUAAAAUUUAUGGUCGUGUUGAAGUUAAUGUUUCUGCACCAAUUAUUCCAUUUCGUGAAACAAUUAUUCCACCACCGAAAGUUGAUUUUCUCAAUGAAGCAUUAGCAGGUCAACAACAACAAUUUAAAUCAAAUAGAAUAACAAAAGAACGACCUCCAUGGUUAUUAGAGGAUGGUUUAGUUGAAUUAAGUACACAAAAUCAUCAAUGUACAUUUCAUUUGCGAGCAGUACCAUUACCUGAUUCAGUUACUCGUUUAUUGGAUGAGAAUGCUUCAUUACUAGCAAUAAUUGAACAAGUACAAGGUCGUGAUGAUAGAAAAGUAACAGUUGAAUUAAAUGAUCAAACACUUAAUCAAAUUCGUCAAUUACGAGAACGUUUAAAUGAAGAAUUUAUUGCAGCUAAUGGAAACAUGUGGAAUUCGGAUACAGUUGAUGAAAUAUGGUCAUUUGGCCCACAUAGAUGUGGACCUAAUCUAUUACUUGGUCGUAUUCCAAAUAGUAUUUAUAAACAACGUCAUACAUCCAUUUGGACUACCGCAUUAAAUAAUCAAACAAAAUCAAAUACAAAUUCAUCAUCAUCAUCAAAAGAUGAUUAUGAUUUAAGUAUUGUUAGUGGAUUUCAAUUAGCAACUGCUAAAGGAUCAUUAUGUGAUGAACCAUUGAUGGGUGUUGGUUUUAUUAUUGAACGAUGGACACUAGAUACAAUUAUUAAUAAUGAUGAAGAACAAGAAACAUUAGAAAAUAAUGAUGUUGAUUCUUCAACAGCAGCAACAACAACAAUGAUAAAUCCAAUUGAUGAAGUAGAAAGUGUACUAGAAACAUUGAGUAUAAUAAGUGAUGAAUCCUCUGCAUUAAAUACUCAAGAAAAACCUCGUCGUGUUAUUGAUAAAUCAAAAAUUGUUAUUAAACGUGGACCACUUUCAGGUCAAAUAGUAUCAACUAUACGUGAUGGUUGUCGAAAAGCAUUUGAUUCUCAACCAAGACGACUUGUUGCAGCGAUGUAUAAAUGUGAACUUAUGGUCAAUGCUGAAGCAUUAGGUCGUGCUUAUUCAGUUUUAAAUAAACGAAAUGGACGUGUAUUAAAUGAAGAUAUGAAAGAAGGAACAAGUACAUUUAUUAUUCAAGCUGCAUUACCAGUAGCUGAAAGUUUUGGUUUUGCUGAAGAAAUGCGUAAAAAAGCGAGUGGUUUAGCAUCACCACAAUUAUCCGGUAAAACUUAUUGGGAAAUAAUUGAACUUGAUCCAUUUUGGGAACCUCAAACAGAAGAAGAAUUUCUUCAUUUCGGUGAAAAAGCUGAUUUUGAAAAUCGUGCAAAAAAAUAUAUGAAUGAUGUUCGUCGACGUAAAGGUUUACGUGUGGAAGAAAAAAUUACGAUGGUUUCAGCUCUCAUACAAAAUGCAAUCAUUUCGCUGAUUGUUACUAGUAUUACAUAUAGUAUUGCGUUUCUUUUGAGUUAUUUGAAUAAAAACAAAUUGAUUACAAAUGAAGUUUCGCGAAAAGUUGUUCAUAUUGGUGGUGGAACACUUUAUCUUGCUCUUUAUUUUUAUAAUGAUAAUGGAUAUUUAUCAAAAUAUUUAAAUAUAUUUCCAUAUGCUCUUUGGACUGUUAUACUUCUAUGGAAAAGUCAACAAAAGUCUUUUGAUAAUCGACAACAUGAUCUUGUUAUUGAUAUAAUGACUCGUCAUCGUCAUCAAUAUGAACUUAUACGUGGACCACUUUUUUUUAAUUUUGUAAUAAUUAUAUGUGGUACUGUUCUGUAUAGAACAGUAUUAGGAUCAAUGAUCAUGGCUAUAUUAACAUGGGGUGAUGGCUUAGCUGCUGUUAUUGGUAUGCGUUAUGGUUAUAAACGAAAAAUUUAUGGGUCAAAAUCAUUAGAUGGUUUUUUGACCGUAUUUAUUGUUGGAAUUAUUGCGUCAAUGCUACAACCAUUGAAACAUAUUCUUCAACAAAAACGAAUUAUAUUAGCUAGUAGUUCACCACAACGAAAACAAUUACUACAAUCAAUUGGUUUACAAUUUGAUAUAAUUGUAUCGGAUUUUGCUGAAGAUCUUGAUCUUACAUCUUAUAAAGAAAAUCUUUCUCAAUAUGUUAUUGAUACAGCUGAACAUAAAUGUCGUCUUGUGUAUAAUCAAUUGAAAUUAAAUGAGAAUGAAAAAAAAAAUUUAAUUAUUAUUGGUGCUGAUACAAUGUGUUUACAAAAUAAUAUAGCGUAUGGUAAACCAUCUGAUAAAGAUGAUGCUUUUCGUAUGCUUAAAGCAUUCUCGAAUAAUACACAUCAAGUAUGCACUGGUGUAUGUAUCCUACAGGGAGAUAUGACAAUGCGAACAUUUUCUGAAACAACUGAUGUAAUAUUUGGUGCAAUUGAUGAUGAAACUAUUCGAGCCUAUGUUGAAACAGGUGAACCAAUGAAUAAAGCAGGAAGUUAUGGUAUUCAAUCUUUAGGUGCAACAUUAGUAAAAAAAAUUAAUGGUGAUUAUUUUAAUGUAGUGGGUUUUCCGAUUUAUCAUUUUUGUAUAGAAUUAAAAGCAUUGCUUAAUGCUGAAAUAAAAUAA